UCUGUAUAAAACCAUUCACGCCCUCUGCACUUUCGAAACUCCCUCACGCUCUCACGCUUUUCCACUUGAUUCUCUGCUUUUGCAUUGUUCUCAAACCUCCAUUCAUCUUAAAGAAUAAAAAAUCUGCAGCCAUGCUAGUUUACCAGGAUCUUCUGACGGGUGACGAGCUUCUCUCGGACUCAUUCCCGUACAAGGAAAUUGAGAAUGGGAUGCUGUGGGAAGUGGAAGGAAAGUGGGUUGUGCAAGGAGCUGUUGAUGUGGACAUUGGAGCUAACCCUUCCGCAGAAGGUGGAGAUGAAGAUGAAGGUGUCGAUGACCAACAUGUCAAGGUUGUUGACAUUGUGGAUACCUUUAGGCUUCAGGAACAACCUUCUUUUGAAAAGAAGCAGUUUAUCACAUUCAUGAAGAGGUACAUCAAGAAUCUAACAGCCAAAUUGGAGACAGAGAAGCAAGAGUUGUUUAAGAAGCACAUUGAGGGAGCGACCAAGUUCCUUCUUUCGAAGCUCAGUGAUCUCCAGUUUUUUGUGGGGGAAAGCAUGCAUGAUGAUGGCAGUUUGGUUUUUGCAUACUACAAGGAAGGUGCUACUGAUCCGACCUUUAUCUACUUUGCUUAUGGAUUGAAGGAAGUCAAGUGUUAAACAUUGGUCAAUCAAAACAAGCUUUGAGAUGGUGAUAUUUUCUGUAGGUUUCAAGUUGUGUUUAUUUUUAUUUCCUUCUAUUGGUACGAUUGGAGGAUAAAGUUAUACUUUGUCGGAAGAGUUUCAGUUUUUGGGUGUUGUUAUAUUAAUAUGUUCUUUUUAUGGUGGUGACAUUGGGACAAUUUAUAUACAAACCUUGGUGGAAGAAUAAAAAAUAAAGCGCGAGUUCUGCAAA